AUGUCAGACAGUAUGGAUAAAACUGAAGUGUUAACAUCCAAAGAAAUAGAAGAGGAAGAGGAAGAAAUGAAACGGGAACUUAUAGGUACCUGAGUCAAAUAUAAAUUUUUUCCGAUUUUUUUCUUUUAACCAUAGUGAUUUUAUCAUUUUCAUUAUAGUCAUUUUUAAGAAUAAUAUAUUGUUUUAUAAAAUGAAUUUCAGAUAUGAAACUGUAUGAGACAUGGUAUACUUACAAGGAUAUGAAACAAAUUUUAGGAUUCAUUAAUGAAUCUAAGGAUAUGGCAAAUAUGGCUAAUGACGAGAAAGAUGUACAGAAGGAAUCAAUGCAAUCUUCUGGUGAAUGUACCUCAGAAGUAAUGCUUAAGGCAGAUUUAGAACAAGAGCUGGAGAUACAAGAACACAAUGAUGCAUCUCAAUCGAACUUAUAUAAACCUAAUCAUACAUCGCCAAUACAUGAGGGAAUGUCUGAUCAUGACUGUAGCAAUUCCGAUCUUUCCACCGCUAUCGCUGAUUCGAGAAACUCUAUGUACAGAGGAAAAAAUUUUGAUAGCGAGGAUAUGUUCAUUAGAUUACAAGAUAAUUCGAAUAUGAGAGAUAGUUACUCUCAUAGCACAAAUAGAUAUAUUUCUUUGAAAUCAAAAAACUCUUUACAAAAUUCAGAUGUUAUAAAUAAUGCAGAAAUGAAAAUGGACACAUACUCUGAAUGUGAUCAAAAAUUGGAUCAAUGGCAAAUUAAUCCACUUGAUUCAUGUGUUAGUGAAAAUGAUGUGCCUUUGCAAGAGCCAAAUCGGCCGGUAGUUCAAGAUCGUAUGCCAUUUAGAUUAUGCAAAGAUGCACAAACACCCGAGAUGCUUGAAAAGCUACUGCCUACGUUAAAUGUUUAUUUGAAACAAACAGCAGAAUUGUGGCAUAGUUGGCACCGUACUACUGAUACUAAGUUUCAAUGGGGGUCACCCAUUCAGGUGGGUCUUGCUAAAGAUAAUUUGGAUAAAAAAUUAUUAAAAAAUAUUAAGACUGAACAGAAUCAAAUGGAAUGUAUAAACAAACAUAACAAUGAACGACCUAAUAAACGUAAAUCAACUCUGAUUCUUUCUUCUUUUUCUGAUAUAAUAUAUUCUAGCAGCGAUGAAGAUGAAAGUACUAUUAAAAAAAAGAAAAUUCAAUCUCAUGAAGAUACAAACAGGGUGUUACGUUCACAUAAAACGGUAUGUACUGCUAAAUGCAGUGAAAAAAAUAGAAAUUCAAAUCAAGACAAUGAUAGCAAGCUCUCAACAGACAAUAUGAAAAUUGAAAAUUUUGAAGCUGAAUUUAAAACAAAAUCUAUAGAAAGUUUGCCAUCUAAAUCAAUUUCUUUAUGUCCAAAAAAAGUACCUCAGAAUGUUAGAAGAAAUAUUAUUAAAAAGAGAGAAUGCAUUAUUAAUAUGUCUCCCAAUAAUCCAUUAGCACAUAGUAGCAAUGAAAAACAAAGUGCCAUAAAUUUAAUAUCCAAAGAUAAAAGUAAUAUCCUCACUGACGAAGAAAUCCUCAUAGAAUUAGAAAAAGAUAAUGCUAAUAACAAUGUUAAAACAAUGUUUGAGAAUACCGAAACUAAACCGCUACUGAAGAAAGGUCUUUCGAGUAGAAUAAACGAUGCAUAUAUAUCUUUGGAAAAGCUUCAGUUUGAGAAACAAAAAAUAGAUGAAAUUAAAAAAGAAGAAGCUGAAAAAAAGGAAACUGAAGAAAAGAAAAAGAGAGAGGAAUUUUACAAAAAACAACUAGAAGAGAGGCAAAAGAGAGAAAAACGGAGAGAAGAAGAAGAAAGACACAGAGAAGGAAAAAACAGAAGAUGGAAUACUAUAAUAGAUAUGAAAUAUCAGAAAAAAAUUAACAGAGAUGAAGACCAAUUACAGAGUUUAAGUAGACAAAAUAAAUAUAAAACAUCAACAGAGGAUAACGUGUUGCUUGAGGAUGAUAGCAUUUCUGUAACUAGAUAUGUGGAAAUAACAGAGAAUAAUGUAAAUUGUCCCAUUUGUAAUAAGUCUUUCCCAAGUGAUAAAAUAGAAGCACAUGCUGCUGGAUGCGAACAAUAUACAUCCGAUAAUGAAUAUGAAAAUGAUUUAUAUUUAGUGGAAAAUAAGUCAUCUCCAAUAAGCAUUAACAAUACUGAAAUACUUGAAUGCGGUGUUUGUUCAAAAUAUAAAACUACUAAUGGAAUACAUUAUGAAGAGCAUGUUAAUAGUUGCUUACAAAAACAACAUGAAGAAGAAUCAUCAAAUGAAUAUCCAAGCAAUGAAAUCAAUAAUAUACCUAAUUCGCCUGUUCGUUGUUAUCGACCAAUUAGUGAACAAACUGAUUCACACAUAGAUUAUAGAAAGCAAUUUCCCUCAAACAGUAAAACGCAAAUAUGUUCCAGUAGAAAAAGAAAACAAAUCACGUUUUCUGCAACUGUGCCAGGAGGUAUUUAUACGGAUUUGGACAAGGCGCAUAUUAUACCAAAUAAUUUAAAUGAGAAUAAUGAUGUAAUUAAUCGAUGGGUUGGUAAUCAAUCAGUUAUUUACAGCAAAAGAUUUUAUGUAAAUGAUACACUAUUAAAUGCACCUAAAGUGGUAUUAAUUUUCCAUGGUGUAGAUACGUUUACUACAAUUGUUUUAAAUGGACAUGAAAUUGGAGAAACAUCAAAUAUGUUUCUAAAAUACACAUUUGAUGUAACACAGUAUUUAGAAAAAGGAGAAAAUUUAUUGGAAAUUUUUUUUUCUUCACCUGUUAAAAUAGCUGAGAUCUUACACAAUAAACAAGCAUUAAAAUAUGUUAUUCCUCCAAUAUGUAAUCCAAAUAGUUACAACGGAGAAUGUCAUGUAAAUUAUAUAAGAAAAAUGCAAGCAAGUUUUUCUUGGGAUUGGGGUCCAGCUUUCCCAUCAAUGGAAAUAAUUCCCAUAAAUGAAAUCUACAUUAUGGAUGUUACAACAGAUAUUCAUAAGAAGGAAAACUUUUGGAAUAUUAUAAUCACAUUAUUUCUUGAAGUGACCUUACAGAGGAACAUAACUUGUCAUAUCUCAUCUGUUCUUAAUAUUAAUGAUCAAUUAAAUAUUCAUAAUUCUAGCAAUGUUAAUUUACAUACAAAUAACAAAGAUACAAAAUGUACUAUACUUCUAAAAAUACCUACAAAUCUUGUAAAUGAAUGGUGGCCUAAUGGUUAUGGCAAUCAAACUCUUUAUUCAUUAACUGUAACUGCAGCUACUUCUACUGAUGUUAAGCAGAAAAUUAUACAUGUUGGUUUCAGAACGGUGGAACUCAUACAAAAGCCUCUCAAAACAGGAUUAAGUUUUUAUUUUCAAAUAAAUAACGUUCCAAUAUUUGCAAAGGGUAGUAAUUUUAUUCCAGCUAGUGUUUUUCCUGAGUUGACUGCUAAGAUAGAUACAAUUAAACACUUAUUAAAAUCUGCCAAAGAAGCAAACAUGAAUAUGCUUAGAGUAUGGGGAGGUGGACUUUAUGAAUCUGAACUAUUUUAUAAUAUAGCUGAUGAAUAUGGAAUCAUGAUUUGGCAAGAUUUCAUGUUUGCAUGCGGAAUGUAUCCUACUACAGAAGAAUUUCUUGAAUCAGUCAAAAAAGAAGUAAUACAAAAUGUACAGCGAUUAAAAAAUCAUCCCAGUAUUGUUCUCUGGGCUGGAAAUAAUGAAAAUGAAGCAGCAUUAUAUGGAAAUUGGUAUGGAACUGGAACUAAACAAAUAUAUAAAACUGAUUACAUCAAGCUUUAUGUAGAUUUAAUUAAGAAGGAAGUAGAACAACUUGACUCUACACGACCUUUUGUAGUAUCUAGUCCUAGUAAUGGCCUAUAUACAGAGAAAUAUAAUUAUAUUGGAAAAGAUCCAUAUUUGAAGACAUUUGGAGAUGUCCAUUACUACAAUUAUUUUAAUAAUGGGUGGGAUAUGCAUCAAUAUCCACGUGUAAGAUUUUCAUCUGAAUAUGGAUUUCAAUCACUACCGUCAAUUUAUACUAUGUUGCCAAUUGUAAAAACAAUUACUGAUUUAGACAUACACAGUGAUUUCUUCAAACAUCGUCAACAUCUACCAUUAGGAACGGAAUAUUUGAUAAAUCUUAUAUCAAAAAAUUUUAAAUUGCCUGAUACUCAAAAUACUCUAAAAAGAUUCGAAAAUUAUAUAUAUUUAAGCCAAAUUAACCAGGCUGUUUCAGUAAAGAUACAAACGGAAUUUUAUCGACAAUCAAAGUCGGAUUUAAAUGAAAUAGGAGAAGGAAUGACAAUGGGUGCUUUAUAUUGGCAAUUAAAUGAUGUCUGGCAAGCUCCGUCUUGGUCUUCUAUAGAUUUUGAUGGGCGAUGGAAAAUGCUUCAUUAUUAUGCUGUGGAAUUCUUUGCACCCAUUAUAGUUACAUACUAUAUUCGUAAUAUGCAUCUUUCAAUCCAUAUUGUUUCGGAUAAGACACAUUCAGUGAAAAAUGCUACUUUAGAAGUGAAUCUUUAUGCGAUGAAUAAUAUAAAACCUGUGCAAUCAUAUAUUUAUCACAAUAUAACUAUUGAAGCAAAUGCAGUAACUAUUAUUGAUGAUAACUGGCUCAAACAUUCAUGGAUUUUAACUUCUACAAUACUUAAUGAAUGUCAGUCUAAUAGUACUAAAAGCAAUUGUAUUACAACGCUUACCUUAAAAGAUAAAACUGGGAUACCACUGGCACCAAGAAAUUAUAUAUAUCCAAGCAAUGUUUUGAAAAAUACCGCAUUGCCAAUUGCAAAUGUUUCUAUAAAAGUGAAUGAUGAUCACUUACCUAGAAAAUCUUUCAAUUAUCCAGAUAUUGAACUUGAAUUAACAACAGACAACAUAACACUUUUUAUAUGGCUAGAAGCUGGUAAUAUUUGUGGUCGUUUUUCAGAAAAUGGUUUCCAUAUGUUCGAAAAUAAGAAAAGCAUUAUUUUCCUUGCAUGUGAAUUUAUUACACCACAAGUAUUAAGAAAAUCUUUAAAAGUUACUACACUUUCUGGACCAAAAAUUGCACCUUCUACACCCAAACAAAAGAUUCCGCCUGCUAUGGAAAGACCUGUAAGAUAUGGAUGUCCACCCCUAAAAUAAAAAUACAACGAAUAAGUAUUAAUUAAUUAUAACUAAUAAUUAAUUAAAUUUUAUUGAAAUUAAGUUUUAUUAAAAUUUAAAAAAUUGUAAUACCCUUUUAUUUCUUUGUAGAAUUCAGUUACAACAAUAUUACAAGCAAGGAAGUGAAACAUAAAAAACAAAAUAGCAAUCAUAGAUCCUCGAGUAAACCAGAGCUCCAAAGUAGCUGGGAUGCAAGCAAAAUAUGCAUCCAAAAAUGGCACUGCACCAAGUAUUGUUGCAAAAGCAGAUGGUAAAUAAAUUAUUUUUACUUGGAACAAAUUAUGUAUAAACCAUGUCCACAUGCCAAAAAAGGAAGCAAGUUUAAAUGUUGCAGCAAAUACUCCAAUUACUGCUUCUUGUAAUGCUAUAGCAAACCUACAAAAUAUAAGAUAUUAGACUUUUCUUUCAAAAUAUAUACGAUAAUAUAUUAUUAUGAUUCAGUUUACACAUACAUACCCUUCAACAUGAAGAGUGCUUAUAAAUCAAAAAAUUAA